UGGUGCUUUCUGGCAAAACGGCGGCCCCCAGGGAGCUCUUUGCUGCCCCUACCACAGCACCUCUCCCAAAGGCACCGGCCUUUUCUCUUGAGGCACCUGCCGCACAGCUAGCCGCCACCGAGCUGGCCCCGCGCCCGCCAGGCACCGUGGAGACCGUGGCUGCGGGGAACGGAGCCGCCCCAGAUCACAGGGCCAGCCUGGAUGUGGAGGGCGCAGCCCAAGUCACCACAAGCAUGAGCCAUGAGCCAAAGUCACCUUCUCUAGGAAUGCUUUCAACAGCGACCCGGACCACCGCCACCGUCAGCCCCUUGACCCCUUCUCCUCUCAAUGGCUCCCUUGUGCCCAGUGGCAGCCCAGCAGCCAACAGCACUUUGUCAGUCCCGUCAGCGCCCUCUUCCAGCUUUGCUGCCGCCCUGCGCAAGCUUGCCAAACAGGCUGAGGAACCCAGAGGAUCUUCAAUAAGCAGUGAGUCUUCUCCAGUCUCCUCGCCAGCCACUAACCACAGCUCGCCUGCAAGCACGCCCAAACGAGGACCAAUGGGGCCUCUCAUCGUCCCACCGGGAGGGCACAAUGUGCCGAGCACGCCUCCAGUGGUGACCAUCGCACCCACCAAAACUGUGAAUGGCGUCUGGAGAAGUGAAGGACGGCAGCAAGAAGCUGGUUCUCGGAGCAAUGGAGGAAGCAGCAGCAGCAGCAGCAGGGACCGCCUAAUUGCUGAGGCACCCCUUCCCCAGGAGAAGGCCAGUGGCCCCACUGUCCCUUCUCACUUGCUCGGGACGCCUUAUUCCUUUGGGAUCCCACCGAACUCCAUUGUUCAGGACUCCCGCUUCCCGCCUCUUAACAGCUUGCAGCGGCCUGUACACCACGUGGUGCCUCCCAGUGCAGUCACAGAAGACUAUUUGCGGAGCUUCCGGCCAUACCAUACAGCUGAAGAGCUCCGCAUGUCCUCCUUGCCUCCUAUUGCUCUAGACCCAGCUACGGCAGCUGCGUACUACCACCCCAGCUACUUGGCUCACCACCCUUUCCCUCACCCAGCGUUCAGGAUGGACGAUUCCUACUGCCUUUCAGCUCUGCGCUCGCCUUUCUAUCCAAUUCCAACUCCUGGUUCACUCCCACCCCUUCAUCCAUCAGCAAUGCACCUCCAUCUGUCUGGAGUGAGGUACCCCACUGAACUGUCCCAUUCGUCCCUCUCUGCACUUCAGUCUGAACGCAUCUCCAGCUUGACUGCAGAAAGAUUGCAGAUGGAUGAAGAACUGCGGCAGCGGGAGCGAGAGAAGGAGCGAGAGCGAGAAGCUGACCGCGAGCGAGAGAGGGAGCGGGAGAGGGAGCGGGAGCGGGAGAAAGAACUAGAACGGGAGCGAGAAAAGGAGAGGGAAAGGGAACGAGAGCGGGAGCUGGAGCGGCAGCGAGAGAGAGCCCGGGAGAAGGAACAGAGUAUUGUCAAAGCCAUGGAAGUCCCUUUCCUGCCCGUGUCAGAACUGCAUGGGCUGAGGAGUCACCCGCCAGAAGAACGUGUCAAACCAACUGAGCAGCUAACGCCAAACCGAGCAGAGAAACCCAAGGAUUCUCCUGCCAUCCAGACCCCCAAGCCAGUCCAACAUCCUUUGCACCAGUCAUCUGCCUCUCACCAUCCUGUGCCCAGCCUCAUUUCCAGCCACAGUAUCUUCCCCCUGCCUGGAAGCAGUGCAGCCACGGCACUGCUCAUCCAGCGCACCAACGAGGAAGAGAAGUGGCUGGCACGGCAGCGACGGCUGCGGCAGGAAAAGGAAGACCGCCAGUCCCAGGUGUCAGAGUUUCGGCAGCAGGUGUUGGAGCAGCAUUUGGACAUCGGGCGCCCGUCUACCCAAAUGGAAGCAGAGCAUCGGCCAGAGAACCCCAGAUUGGGACCAAAUCGCCCUGAACCAAGUAACCGAGACCAACAGCAGCAUUUUGGAGGGCCUCCUCCGCUCAUCUCCCCAAAGCCUCAGCACCAUCCUGUCCCAACAUCUCUCUGGAACCCAGUCUCUUUAAUGGAUAACACCACUGAGCCCCGAAGAAUACAGGAGAGUCACCCUCUCCAAGGCCAUACCAGCCAAUAUGAGCCCAGCCGGCAAGCCAUCCCCCUUGUGAAGGUAGAACGGGUCUACUGUCCAGAGAAACUGGAGGAAGGGGCCAGGAAAAGAGAAGCCCCGGACAAGUACCAGCCAGCUAGAGAGCCCGGAGGAUCGGAUCAUGGUGGUUUUUCCCAUGGGCCCUUCUUAGCAGAACUGGAGAAGUCCACACAGACUAUUUUGAACCAGCAGAGGACAUCACUGUCUCAGAGCGGGCAGUUUGCUGACAUCAGUUUGAACAGCAAGCCUGGUUCACCCUAUAGGCAUCCAUUGCCCAGGGCCUAUGACCCUAUGUACGUUUAUGAUGAAUUCUUGCAGCAGCAUCGCAAACUGGUCAGCAAACUGGAUCUUGAAGAGAAGAGGCGGAGAGAAGCUCAGGAAAAAGGUUACUAUUAUGAUCUGGAUGACUCCUACGAUGAGAGUGAUGAAGAAGAAGUGCGGGCCCACUUGCGAUGUGUCGCAGAGCAACCACCGUUGAAGCUAGACACCUCCUCAGAAAAACUGGAAUUCUUGCAACUUUUUGGACUGACCACUCAACAACAGAAGGAGGAGCUGCUGACCCAAAAACGAAGGAAAAGGCGGAGAAUGCUGCGAGAAAGAAGCCCCUCCCCACCAACAGUUCAGAAUAAACGCCGGACGCCUUCUCCCCGUUUUGUGCUCUCAACACGUUACAGCCCUGAUGAAAUGAACAACAGUCCCAAUUUUGAAGAGAAAAAGCGGUUUCUCACCAAUUUCAAUUUAACUCACAUCAGUGCUGAGAAAAGGAAAGAUAAAGAGAAACUGGUAGAGAUGCUCCAUGCCAUGAAACAGAAAAGUGCCUCCACAGCAGUGACAGUGAAAAGUUCACCACGGGACAGUCCUGUCAUUGUCCAGACUGAGCCACAAGUGCAGCAAGCUGCUGUGGAAUCAGAUAAACCGGUUGGCACUGCUGCUGCUUCUUUGCCAGAGACUCAGAAGACAGCUGAGCCCAGCAGAAUAGAACAGCUGAGACCACAUGAGCUUCACAGAGCCAAGGAGACGGUUCCUGUCUCAGCUGAGAAGCCCAAGUUGAGCGAUGGGCACACAGCCAAGAAAAGCCUGAGCAUCUUCAACUAUGUCCGGGGCCCUUUGCCCAAAGACAUCCCUGUGCCACUGUCGCACAGUAUGAACGGGAAGAACAAGCCAUGGGAGCCCUUUAUAGCCGAGGAAUUUGCACAUCAGUUCCAUGAGUCCGUAUUACAGUCUACACAGAAAGCUCUGCAGAAACACAAAGGUAAUGCAAUGGCUCAUUCUGCAGAACAUAACCACAAAGUCGACGCCUCCAUUCAUUAUAACAUUCCGGAGCUGCAGACCUCAAACUGGAUCUCUCUGCCACAGCAGAAUGGUCAGAAAGAUGCCCAGCACAAGGGGCUCAACCCACAACCACAUGACAAAGUCUCUGACUCUGAGGAGGAGGAGGAGGAAGAGGGGGAAGAGGAAGAGGAGGAUGACUACCCUAGACCUAAGUGGCAUGGGAUUGAAGCAAUCUUUGAAGCCUACCAGGAACAUAUAGAAGAGCAAAACCUGGAACGGCAAGUGCUUCAAACGCAGUGCAGACGCUUGGAGGCCCAGCACUACAGUCUCAGUCUGACAGCAGAACAGCUGUCACACACUAUGACGGAACUAAGGAACCAGAAGCAGAAGAUUGUCUCCGAAAGGGAACGACUUCAGGCCGAACUAGAUCACUUGAGAAAGUGCCUUGCGCUGCCUGCAAUGCAGUGGUCUAGAAGUUAUUUCAAGGGGUAUCCCAGGUGACACUCCCUUGCACUAGGCCGAACCUAUAGUAUAGAAAUAAUAAUCUAUUUUAUUACCUGGAAUAUUUAAUAUUUUUCACUGGGAGGUUUGAAGCUUACAGAGAGAGAGAGAGAGAGAGAAUGUGCCAUGCAUGAAGCAAAGGACUAUGGGAUCCAGGAAAAAAAUCUACACCCUUCUCUUGACUUCAAUGCAACUGAAUUUUGUAACUCUACAAGUAAUCCACUUAGAAGAACUUUAGUUUUGGUUAAAUUUAAAAGUUUUAUUUUCCCUCUGCUUUCCCUCAUCCUACUUUUUUUUUUUAAAAAAAGAUAUUGUUUUUAAUGCAGAGUUUCCACCAAUGACACUAACAUCCACUUCCCAUUGAAGGGACUGGGAUCAUUUCCAUAUAUAUGUUCUUUUUGUUGCCAUACUAGUACAAUUGCUGUUUGGGGAAUCUGUCCAUUUAUUUGUGCUGAAACAUGCUGUUUCUUAAACCAAGAGGAAACCAGGUACACAUCAGUUUGUUUUUUUAAGAGAAUGAACUGGAUAUUUUGGAUACAGAAAUAAAUAUCUGCAGAGUAACAGGCCUAGCAGAAGAAAAAUGCUACUUCCAAACUUGACUUCCCAUGCAUCAAUCAGCUUUCUGCUGAAAAUGCACCUCACUUGAAAAAUAAAGUGAAUAAAUAAACUGAAGGUACAUUUUUAUUACUGGGGAGGGGAGGAUGUGUACAGAACAGUGAUAUACAUACAAUACACACAAAUUAUGUACCCCAGUGGGUAGAAUUUUCAUACAAAGAUUUUGCAAUUAAUUAAAAGUUAAAAAGGUGCUUCAGCCUUGUACUGUGUAUAUAUUUAAAAAAAAGUUUUGUAUGUUUUUAUUACUUUAAUUAUUGUUAUAAAAAGCUUGCCAUUUUCAAUAUGUUUCUGCUUUUUGUUUUUUUGGCAAAAAUAGCUUGCUUUUAGUGUUUGUACUGCUGCUGGUCAGGAUAUGAAACAAAUAUUGAAGUGUUUUUAAAAAGAAUUUUAAAGAAAAAGCUUUCCACUGGGGCACGUGCUAUCACUUUUAGAUACGUUGCUAUGUGUAGCACCAGAACUCUCUUGCUUGAAGGCCAGGAAUUAAUUUCUCUUCUGUCCCACUCCUAACCCUCCCCCUAGCCCACAGAAUACUUAAUGUCAAAUGAUCAGCUGUUGUUGAAACAGUGUAGUCUGAAAAGCCCAACGUUGUAGGGAACAAAAUGAUCAGUCUGUGAACUUUACAGUGUGCCAAACUAAAAGAGUUACACCCUUCAAAGUCUGUUGAAGUAAAUGGGCUUAGAAAGGUGUAAUAACCCUGCUCCAGAUGACACUGUUAGUUAAAGGUACUUGGUAUUUUUUUCAUUUUACCACUGCAACUUGCAAUCACAGAACAAGGUGUUUCAGUUUUCUGAGACUUCCACAGAAUUAGAUUAGCCCAGUCAAAACAGGGGACAAAAAUCCUUUAUAAUUUGUGCUUAUAGCUGUCAAUGGCCCUUCACAAAUGCACAUCCCAGGAGCUCAGCCACUUCAAUGUGGUGCAGGCUUGCAGUACAGUGCCUGGGUUAUGAUGUGACCGGAUGGGUGAGAGAAUGUUGCGUAGGUUUUUCCUACUUCAUUAGCAUUUGGGGUGCAGAAUGCAUUAGAAAGACCCAAACAAUUGCUUCUGUCAACAUGGUCAUAGUAAUCAUAUGCAUACCCUUCGCAGCGUGGGAUCACAGGUGCUGAAGUAUGUUCAGAUGCAAAGGGGAGCCUAAACACUGUACUUACCCAGUUUUAUGUUCUUGACACAAGUAGCUGAAUUGGAGACUCUAUGUGCCCUUUGAAAAGAUGCUUCUUGCAAUAUCUGGGCCUUGUAGUUAUUGCCAAUAUUCAGUUAUCUGACUAGGUGUCAAGAGCUGGGUUGGGUUAGUACUCUCCACCACCACCCCCCUUUAAGUAUUUUUGAAUGGAAUUCAGUGGCACUGAUUUCCCUAGUGAAUAGCUUUGUUACCUUCCCAUCCAUGAAUGACAACUAUUAAGUAUCAAAUUGGCAGCAGCAGAACACAGGGCCUUUUCACUAGAGGUAAGAUGAAUCAGCUAGAGCCACCCCAUGUGACAACUGACAAUUUGAUCUGCAAACAUACAAUGUAAGAAUUCAAAGAUCUUGUUUUAUUUGUUAAGUCUGCUUCUCACUUCAGUUCUUAGGUGUUAUGGCUACAAAGUCUUCUAUGAAGCGUGAAGGGAGAACACAUAUAAAAUGUUAGGCUCAUUUUAAAAUAACCAGCACCAAAUUUUAUAUGCAUGUGCUUGGCCCGCUUCCAAGAGGAAUAUAAUUGUAAAAUGAAAAUUAAUCCUCAUAGUUCCAGUUUGAAAUUAUUUUCCCUCUGCCUUAACUGCUUAUGCCGUCCCCAACCAAUUUUUUCAGGAAUAGAUACACCUUGGCAAUAGCCGUGUUUUGAGAAUGGGAGAACAUGAGAAGCUUGGGAUUCACCAUAUUAUAGUCAAAGUUCGUUUUCCUUUUUAAAUGAUUAUAGUAGCUAAUGUGCAAUGCUUUGAGUCUGUUACUGUUAAUUUUCUGCCCCAAAUGCUGAUAACUGAGGGUCAAAUUGAUACAAUCUGCAAUGGCCAGAUGCAAAUGAAGAUAAUGCCUUUGUGGCUUUCAUAGUUGCACAGAAGUGGUCAUUUCAGCCGGUGCAGCUUCUCCCCCUAUUGAGAAAAGUAUACCUCCCAAACUAUUCCCUCUUGGGAGCAACUGGUAAAGAAGUACUGAAGCCCUUGGUAUCUUCUGAAGACAGUAUACCUAUUACACCAAGAAAAGUCCAGAUAACCAAAUGUGGGGACCUGUAUUAAAAAGUCCUGUUCCUGGAUGCAGCAAGAAGAAACCUGGGGUGUUUUCACUUGUUCAAGUGACCCUUUGAACAUCCAAACCUGCAAUCUCUUGUAACAGUAUUCUGACCAUCUUUCCCUGCUCCACUAAGACAAUCGGCUCUAACAGAGCAUGAAAUUUUAAGGGAAAGCCACUCAUUUCCCCCCUUCUCUGAUUAUAGCUAUUGUCACCCAUUAGCCUAAACAAAGCUCUGCUUGUUUAUCGAGUCCAAGCUAUUCCAACAAAAAUGUUUUACCAAAAGGCAGAAAAGAAACAUAUACUUUUAAAACUGUUACAGCCCACCACUUAGCUCAGAUGGAAAGUAUAUCAGGGACAACUGAGAAGCAUCCAAACUUAAAUGAGGGACCACAGCAAAACUUGCUUUGCAGUGGCUAAUCUGGUUUCAGUUUUGUAGGAAGCUCUUUUUCAAUUUAUAUACAAGAUGCUAACCAUGGCAGCAGCUCAAACAGUAGCUAGCAUAUCAAAUGCACUGCAGUACCAGCACAAUGGGAAGUUCCAAUGGCUUUGAAAAAAUCAGUGCUCUAAAUGUUCUUUAGAAAUGUGUUAAGAGAAUAUCAGUGUCUCUCAAUUUACUUCUGACCAAAUAGUUUGAUAUCCAGUUUUACAAUUUAAGGUGAAAACAGGGCAAUUUGGCUAUUUUCACACACUCACACUUCAUCAAGGAGUUGGGGUGGCAGGGUUUUUUCCAAGUCAGCAUGGAUCACAGCUUUUGCUUCCUAAUGUUGCCAAUGGUGGGGUGGGGUAGGGGACUUUGGGUGUAUGAACAAGGAGGCCAUUACACUCAUUAUCCCAACAUAAUUGCACUAUGCAUAGCAUUUCUUACAAAUGAUUUGUGUGGGAUAGACAUUCUGGGAAGAUAUUCUCAACACCUUGCUUCAGUUUUGCAAACUCAGUAUUGAGGUGCUCAAAGAGACACAUGAACUCCAACAAGAGUAAAAUAAUGAAUGUGCACUUGACUCCAUCCAAAUUUGACUAAGUCCAGCUUUCAGGCAAUGAUAUAUAAGACACCAGAUUAUUCAGAGCAUGUUUGAAAUACUCAGUGCUCCUUAAUGUGAUGCGAAUGCAUCCAAUCUGAGUUUAGGUGGUACUGAUAGGAAAUCGCAUUAUUGUCCCUCCCACUGUCCUUGAAUGUUCUGUUCUCUGAUAAUGAAUACCUUCCCUUCCAUUCCACCAAGUCUUGCCCCACCGCUUAAACUCUCAAACUACCAUGUUUGGUCUCCUUUGCCUCCAGGGCCAUGCCGCUUGGUUGUUUGUAUGUAAUGUGCAGAAUUUCUAAAGCCAGAGCAUGAGGGGACAGCAGGAAGCUAAAGCCAGGCCUGCUGGGGCAGUUUAGAUGCUGUGAGACAAACCUGUUCUAAGUGUACUUGUUUGACUUAAAUGUAAUGUAAUAUAUUAUUUGUUGAAUGUAGUAAUUAGGUAUUUAUGAAUAUAUUGCUGUAAUUUCUGACAACAUCCAAAAAUAAA